GCGUUUCGCGUUUCGCUUUCGCAGUUUAGGGACGCCCUUAAACAGUGCUGUAUUUUUGUUUGACACAAAAAAAGCAAGACAAAUUCAUGUAAUAAAAACAACAUUAUGCCGUUUUCUUUUGAAUAAGCAAGGUUUUUAAAUUUGAGUACUUACGUUAUGGCUGAAAGAGGGGCGCAUUUAAGUCAGUUACUUCUAGAUUCUAGUAGGCCAUCGAUUUUUGAGUUAGUUGCUCAGGAAGGACUUAAUCAAGCCCUUCGUGGGACCAUAAAGUUCGUCUUCAGGGUGUGUGCUAAUCAUUAUCCAGAAACAUUUGGUUUAUCAUUUCGCUGGGCAAAUGAAAUUCAGUUACUAUUUGAUUGUUUUCUGCAAAACUAUUACCUACGAAACUAUGGAGCUUCAUUUGCUGAAAAUUUUUAUGGAUUAGAACGAGUCACAAAAGAAGACUGCACUUUGAAUGGGAAAGGAACACUUCACUCUCUAAUCAGUUUGACAAUUCUGCCAUAUGCCUUGUCCAAAUUAGAUGCCUACUUUUCAGAAAGGCAGCAGCACAACCAGCAACAUCCUGUUCUCAACUUUUCGAGUAUCCGGUUCAUCUAUGAUUUGACAGUCUUAGUGAACUGGAUGCUCUAUACAUGGGGCAAAUCUGUGACCCAUUCACCUAUUUUGCACCUUCUUGGAUUGAAGUUAAAACAUGGUGGUGACAACAGUAGCCCUGGCAUUUCACUCACUAAAAUAAUUGAACUGAGUGCCUUCUUCAUCCAAUUUCUUGAGUGGUGGUUUACUAAUCAGUCAUCACAGGCUAAGAGUAUGCUUUCCUUACCCAUUCCACCUCCUCCACAUUCCAUUGUACAGAAUCAACACUCCAAACCAAGGACUGGUGUUUGUCCCCUUUGUCAACAGCAAUGGAAAAAUGAGUGCGUUCUUCGCGUAUCAGGUUAUGUUUACUGCUAUCGCUGUAUUUUGCCCUACCUAAAAGAGAAUAACAAAUGCCCCAUCUCCAAGCUUCCAGCAUCCCCAAAUGACCUGAUACGUAUAUUUGCCAACGCCGAGUAAACAACGUCCCAAAGAUUUGCAGAUUUCGAUCCUGUGGAACAAAUUGCACAAUAUUGAUGUUAACUUACUUUCAAACAGAUACAUAUAAAUACAAGAUUGAAAUACA